AUGGGAAUCGUAUCAAUGGUUAAUAAUGGUGCGGAUAUGCUUGGCAGCCAGUUCUUUAUCACUUUAGGUGGAAAUUUAGACUAUCUGGAUGACAAACAUACAAUUUUCGGUCAAGUAACUGAAGGGCUUGAUACGCUGGAGAAAUUAAAUGAACAGAUUUGCGACGAACAAAAUCGACCAUAUCGUGAUAUCCGGUCUGUUUUGAAACACUACCUAAAUCACGCAUUUUAA